AUGACUUCACAGUGGGUCAUGGUCGACGAGGCGGAUUCUAGCGUCCAGUAUGGAGCCGGAUGGACUGCCCACUCGAAUGUUCAGGACAAUCCGGGAGACUGGGGGCCUCCCUUCGAUGGAACGGAGCACACAGCCGAUACAAAUACGACUGUGCCGUUGACAUUCACAGGAACGUCGAUUAUCGUUCUGGGCAAGCUAGACGGAAACAACGCGACUGGACGGCCGGAUCCCUACCGGGACUGCAUCCUCGACGGAGAGGACAUUCCGAGAUGCGGAUAUUCAACCAGCUUCACCGGCCACUGGAUCUUCUGCAACAGGCAAAACAUCCCUGAUGGCCAGCAUACGUUCACACUGACCACCAGCACCACCGGAGCUCGGACGAUUUCAGUGGAUCAGUUUCGGUACCUGGCCUCUCCGACCAUCAGCAUCGACAAUGCGAAGGUUCAGAUCGAUACCGACUCUGAGCGAGUGCAGUUCUUGACUUCGUUGCCACACUCCACCGGAGAUGACCGACCUCACCCGCCCAACUCCUUAUGUGCAAGACGGACGCGACUCAUCGACCGUGUACAGGCCUUAUUCGCUGGAUGCUCGGGCGAACCGGCUCAGUUGGCAAGGGUCACAGCAGGCGCUGGAGCAGGGAUUUUCGCAGGUACAGCUGUUGAACCAUUCGCAAUCGAAGGUGGGGCUGAUGCAGCAGGGGUAUACCCGUAUUCGCCCACGCAGACUUCGCCUCUCACGUCCCCUGCCGCGACGUCGACCGUCCCGACGACCUCCAACGCCGCCUCGUCGAGUUCGCGGCCUGACUCCGGAGAGUUACCUCCGCCUCAGUAUUCUGACAUUGCACCUCUUCGUGGACCUCCCACCGUCGUCCCAACUACGAAGGGGACGGUUCUCGCUCCUUAA